CGCUCUUUCCAUUUGACGGAAUAAACUAGUCAAGAUGGCGACUCGCAUGGAACGAGAACUUUCGUGAUGGACGAUACUGAAGUCAAUCCCAAAGUUCAGCAGUUGAAGUCCUGAUCUCCAAAUCGACUCGUAAAAGGAAACCUCUCAGGAAAGAGUUCCAUAUACGGACAACACUUGAUGCCCCUGUGGACAAACGUGUGAGAUUUGUCAGACUUGGGGAGAGACGACGUCAGAAAUACGGAUGACAGAUUUUGAACGUAUGGAAACAAGAUCACUCAAGGAAGGAACUUUUGACGACUGUCGUGGUUGUCCGGUGGAUUAUGGAGUGUGAUGUUCACAGCACAGAUUUCAACUUUCCUUUUGAGCCGACUCAGAUUUCCUGGUCAGCGUGAUGGAAGCUCUACUAAAGCAUGAACUGGGGCUGAGCUUUGUCAAGGCAACAGGCCAGGGAGGAGGGGGCUGUAUCAAUGAAGGGCUGGGGUAUGACACGGACAAGGGCAAGAUCUAUGCCAAGAUCAAUACCAAGAAAGAGGCAAAGGUCAUGUUUGAUGGUGAGCUUGCCAGCCUGGAAGCUAUCCUUGCCACAGCCACAGUCCGUGUCCCCAAACCCAUGAAAGUGUUGCAUCACCCAGCAACAGAGGGCGCUGUGCUAGCCAUGGAGUACCUGGACAUGAAGGGUUUGAGCACCCAUGCCGCCAAAUUGGGUGAACAACUAGCCAGGAUGCAUCUGCUCAACGAGGAACUGCUGAAACAGAAGCAGAUUGGUGGAAGUCGAAUAGGAGGGGGUUCGGAUGUGGAGUGCGUCACCAGGUUUGGCUUUCCUGUCACCACCUGCUGCGGCAUCAUUCCUCAGGACAACGAGUGGUGUGACGAUUGGGUGGUGUUCUACACCAGGAACCGUCUCAAGCACCAGCUGGACAUGAUAGAGCGCAACUGUAGAGACAGAGAGGCCAGGGAGUUGUGGCCUCAACUGGAGCGGAAGAUCCCCGAGUUGUUCGAGGGUCUGGACAUCAAGCCAGCCCUGCUCCAUGGAGACCUGUGGGGUGGCAACGUGGCAGAGACAUCCUCGGAACCAGAUACUCUCUUUGCAGUCAUAUUCGAUCCAGCCAGUCUUUAUGGACACUCGGAGUAUGAGUUGGGCAUCGCUGGAAUGUUUGGAGGCUUCAACAGAAGUUUCUACACAGCCUACCACAAACUCAUACCCAAGGCUUCAGGAUUUGACAAGAGGCACGAACUCUACAAGCUGUUUCAUUACCUGAACCACUGGAAUCAUUUUGGAGCUGGUUACAGGGGAUCAUCAAUUUCCAUUAUGAGGUCCCUUAUCAGGUGAAGGACACCAGGCGAGGCCAUCUUUGCAGUGAUCUUGAUGAGUAGCGCCCUCUUGUGGUUUUGUCUGUGGAGAGUUGAUUUUCAUAGUGGAAGCAAAUGAAGGUUAAUAUAUUCUCUCACCAUAGUGCAAAAAAAAGGCCCGUGGACUGGUUUGUAUUCAUCUUCAAUUGUGCAUAAAAUGUUGCCUUGAUUCUUGAAAUGGAAUUGAGCAGAAUCUGCCUCUUUGGAGAAAAUCAAUGAAUGUCAAAUUCAUGAGUAGACAAGAUUUCACAAGUCAAAAGUAAUGACUGUUGAAGUUAACUAUUUUAAUUCAUCAUGGGACGCCCAGUACAAAAUUAGCGUCAUGAUGGGAGUUUAGGUGGCUGACCAUGUAUGAUUGUAUAUGCAAAAGUCUUCUCUGUCUCAUGACCAGAAUAGGGCAGCUGCACCUGACACUUUUAUUGUAUGUAGGGUGCUUUUUAGUCUUUCGACACCCUAUUGGCCAUUUCAGACUUCCCCGCAUUAAAACAUGCGAAAGGAUGGAACUUCAGUAAAUUGCACAACCGGAAGGUAAUUCAUGGAAAAAUUGGACGGCCUACUUUCAAAUGUUGACUUACGCUCCUCGUGCAAGUAGACCAUUAUGGUGUAAUAUGUGCAAUUUUUCUGUUGUCUGCAAUACAACCUACAUAAGCGGUGUUUGUAUUUCCUUCAAUACUUCAUUGGACGAAACUUUGGUCAGACUGCAUAUCGCAUUAGGUGUCUGCAGAUUAUGCCAAGGCAAGUGAUAACUUGGUUAUCAUGUCGACAUGAAUACAUGUAUAACACUUGCGGUAAUCUGAUUAAAUUGGAUGUGGAUGCCAUGUUAUUA